AUGAGCGUUGUUGGAAUAGACUUCGGUGCGCAGAGCACCAAGAUCGGUGUUGCGCGCAACAAAGGCAUAGACAUUAUCACAAAUGAGACUUCCAACCGAUCUACACCAUCCCUCGUCGGCUUCGGUCCUAAGAGUAGAUACCUAGGCGAGGCUGCCAAAACGCAGGAGAUCUCAAAUCUCAAAAAUACCAUCUCUUCAUUGAAACGCCUCGCAGGCCGAUCUAUCAACGAUCCGGAGGUUGCAAUCGAGCAGCAAUACGUCACAGCUCCUCUCGUCGAUGUCAAUGGCCAGGUCGGCGCCGAGGUCACAUACCGGGGGGAGAAACAAAAGUUUACAGCGGUUCAGCUGAUUGCAAUGUACCUGGGUAAAAUCAGGGACACCGCUGGGAAGGAGUUGAAACUUCCAGUCUCCGACGUGGUGAUUAGUUGCCCACCGUGGUUCACCGACGGCCAGAGAAGAGCAAUGCUAGAUGCCGCAGAGAUUGCUGGCUUGAAGCUCCUGCGACUGAUCAAUGACAAUACUGCGAUUGCACUGGGGUACGGCAUUACAAAGUCAGACCUCCCCGAGGGCGACGCGAAACCUCGUCGGAUAUGCUUUGUAGAUAUUGGAUACAGUGACUACACCUGUUCCAUCGUCGAAUUCCGCAAGGGUGAACUUGCAGUCAAAGCCACGGCCUAUGACCGACAUUUUGGUGGACGAAACUUUGACAAAGCCCUGGUGGACCACUUUGCAGUCGAAUUCAAGGAGAAAUUCAAGGUUGAUAUCACAACCAACGCAAAGGCCACAACCCGUGUCGCUGCGGCUGCCGAAAAACUCAAGAAGAUCCUCUCCGCCAACGCCCAAGCUCCCCUCAGCAUCGAGUCGCUCAUGGAUGACAAAGAUGUGCGAGCCAUGCUGAAACGUGAGGAGCUCGAAGAGCUUGUGAAGCCUCUUCUUGACCGCCUCACGGUCCCUCUCGAACAGGCACUCGCAGAAGCCAAAUUGAAGCCCGAGGAUGUCGAUGCUAUUGAGAUGGUGGGUGGCUGCACUCGUGUUCCAGCCAUCAAGGAUAGGAUCAGCAAGUUCUUCGGCAAGCCACUCUCUUACACCCUCAACCAAGAUGAAGCGGUGGCGCGCGGCUGUGCUUUCAGUUGCGCCAUUCUCUCACCAGUCUUCCGAGUUCGCGACUUCUCUGUUCACGACAUUGUCACAUAUCCGAUCGAAUUCACAUGGGAACAGUCCCCAGAUAUUCCUGAUGAAGACACCAGCCUGACUGUCUUCAACAAGGGGAACGUCAUGCCAUCCACCAAGAUUCUUACUUUCUAUCGAAAACAACCUUUCGACUUGGAAGCUAGGUACGCCAAACCGGAAAUGCUUCCCGGUAAGGUCAAUCCCUGGAUCGGACGCUUCUCGGUCAAGGGAGUCAAGGCCGAUGAGAAGGAUGAUUUCAUGGUUUGCAAGCUGAAGGCACGACUGAACUUGCAUGGAAUUCUCAACCUCGAGAGCGGCUACUAUGUUGAAGAUGUCGAAGUUGAAGAGCCCGAACCAGAACCUAAAAAGGAUGCCGAUGCCAUGGACACCGAUCAAGCAAAUGGUUCUGCAGAGCCCAAGCCCAAGAUGCGCAAAGUCAAGAAACAGGUGCGCAAAGGAGAAUUGCAGCUCGUUUCAGGAACAUCGUCCAUGGAUGAGUCAGCCAAAACUGCCGCAGGCGAACUCGAGAAUGCGAUGUACAUGGAGGACAAGCUCGUGACUGAUACGGAAGACAAGAAGAACGAGCUGGAAGCAUACAUCUACGAACUCCGUGGUAAGAUCGACGACCUUUACUCCGAAUUUGCCAGCCAAGAAGAUAAGGAUAAGAUCAAAGACAAGCUGGAAAAGACCGAGGACUGGUUGUAUGACGAAGGAGAUGAUGCCACGAAAGCACAGUAUGUGGCCAAGAUGGAUGAGAUCCGAUUCGUCGCAGGUCCUGUGAUCCAACGAUACCAAGAUAAGAUCGAGGCGGAGCGUCAAGCACUCCUCAAAGCCCAAGAGGAGGAAGAGGCAAGAAAGAAGGCUGAGCUUGAGGCCAAGAAGAAAGCCGAAGAAGAAGCCAAGAAGAAAACCGAAGAAGAGGCCAAGAAGGCAGCACAGCCAGCAAACGAAGAUACCGAAAUGAAAGAUGCGGAUGGUGAGGCCGUCAAACCUGAUAGUGUGGAGGAGAAGUAG